AUGAGCGAAGCUCCUAAUUUUGUGCUCUUUGAGCAUGCUCUUGGAUAUGUUCUUUUUAGAGUAAAGGAAUUUGAAGACAUUGGUAUGGCUCUUCCUCAGGUUCAAGAAGCAAUUUUAGACCCAAAAAAAUUUAUGUCUAUCAUCAAUGUCGAAGCUUUUGAUCCCUUCAAGAAUACUGAAGCUGCUUUGGAUAAUUGUAACGCUAUUUCUGAAGGUAUAUGCCACCCUGAUUUAGUCACUUUCUUAGAAGCUAAUCUUCCAAAAAAGAAAAGCAAGGUUACAUUAGGAUGUGGAGAUAAUAGACUUGCUGGUUCUUUGGUAGAACAAUUUCCUAAAAUGAAAGUAAUGUUUACUGGUAUCGUUCCUGAAAUUAUUCGUGGUAUUCGCUUUCAUAUUGAAAAAUUGUUGAAGGAUAUACCACAUUUUUCAUUGGCAAAAGCUCAACUUUCAUUGGGACAUAGUUACUCACGUUCUAAAGUUAAAUUUGAUGUUCACCGUGUUGAUAAUAUGGUCAUUCAAUCAAUUGCUCUUUUAGAUACUCUUGAUAAAGAUAUCAAUUUAUUUGCUAUGAGAAUACGUGAAUGGUAUUCUUACCACUUCCCAGAACUUUACAAGAUUGUUUCUGAGCAAACAAAAUUUAUCAAAUGUGCUAACAUUAUCAUGGAUCGUAAAAAUUACAGCGAUGAUACUGUUGCUAAGUUGUUAGAAGUUUUAAAUGACGAAGAAAAGGUUAAUGAAAUUACUGACGCAGUUAGAGCAUCAAUGGGAAUGGAAAUUUCUGAGUUGGAUUUAAUGAAUAUUACUAGAUUUACAGCACGUGUUAAUUCACUUCUUGAAUAUCGAGCUGGUCUUCACCAAUACAUUAAGGACCGUAUGUCUAGUUGUGCUCCAUCAUUAUCUGCUUUGAUUGGUGAACAGGUUGGAGCUCGUUUGAUUUCACAUGCAGGAUCUCUUACUAAUUUGGCUAAGUAUCCAGCUUCUACUAUUCAAAUUCUUGGAGCUGAGAAAGCUUUGUUCCGUGCUUUGAAGACUCGCUCAAAAACUCCAAAGUUUGGUCUUAUCUUCCAUUCAUCUUUUAUUGGAAAGGCAGCUGCUAAGGACAAGGGAAAAAUUAGUAGAUUCCUUGCUAACAAAUGUUCUAUUGCAUCUCGCAUUGACUGUUUCUCGGAUGUUCCAGUAUCUACAUUUGGAGAAAAAUUAAAGGAACAAGUUGAGGAACGUCUUAAAUUCUUUGAAAUUGGUGAGAAACCAAGAAAAAAUCUUGAAGUAAUGGAGGAAGCUAUGACUGAAGCACAACCAGUAAUUGAGAAAGUUUUAAAAAGAAAAAGAAAAGCAGAGAAAAAGGCUAAAAAAGCUGCUGCAGCUGCAUUAGCUGAUGAAUCAUUUGACACUACAGCAGCAUCUGUAGAAGAUACACCAAAAAAGAAAAAGAAGAAGGUUGAGGCCUAA